AUGGGAAUUCCACACAAGGGAAUCAGUUGUAUGCUCACUGCUAUUCACAAACUUCAGAAAUGUCCGGGAUAUCUUACUCCACUGCACUGUGAUCUAUGCCAGCUUGGAUUAGCUGCUAAAAUGUUUAGUCCCACUCUUCCAAUUCUCGAUGUUGACAUUUUAGAAAUUGAUAAAAGCAGUACAGCCCUUGAAGCUAAAGAUUAUCUCCUAUACUUUUACUAUGGAGGGAUGAUUUAUGGCGCAGUAAAAAAUUGGGAAAGAAGCCUACACUUCUUUGAAUUGUGUUUAAUUAUCCCUGCCGUAUCAUCAAGCUGUAUUCUGAUUGAAGCUGCAAAAAAGAUAAUAUUAAUCUCCUUGAUAUUACAUGGGAAAUUCAGUACAGUUCUUGAAACUCCGGUUGCAUAUUUCAUGUCUCCAAGGCCUUGGAAAUGCUACUGUCAACCAUAUUUAGAACUAGCAACAGCAUUUCGAUCUAACAAUCCUGAGGACUUAACUAAUUUUGUUGAUCUUCAUCGAGAAUUAUUCACAGCUGAUUUCAACUUCGGACUUGUAAAACAAGUGAUAAAGUGCCAUGGAAAAUUUCGUAUCCAGAGCUUAACAAAAACUUUUAUGACACUAUCCCUGACCGAUGUUGCCAUGCGUAUAAAACUGUCGGGAACCCAAGAAGCAGAAAAACAGAUCUUAGAUAUGAUUAAGUCGAAAGCAAUUUUUGCUAACAUUGAUCAACAAAAUGGGACUGUUCAUUUCCUGGAUGAUCCCGAGCAGUAUGACUCGAUCAAAAUGCUUCGAAUUCUUCAGGAAAAAAUAACAGAAUGUGUGAAUUUGGAGAAGCAUUUUAUGCAGUUAACUGACCGGCUGGUGACAAAUCCAAACUAUGCUAAACGAAUGAUCGAGCUGGAAACCAAGGCAGCGAAAUCUGUGGGCCAGUAUUGA